ACCCCGCUAGACGACGGCCGGCUAGUCCUCGAGUAGGACGCACGCUCUCCUCAAAGCAUCGACCCUUACAUACGACGACACUUAUUUUGGGAGAAAGAGAGACGGAGAGAGAAAGAGAAAGAGAGAGAGAGAGAGAGAGAGAAACAGAUAGAGAGAGAGAGAGAGAGAAGGGAGGAGGGAGAAGAGAGAAAAGUAUAGAUCGCGAUCGAUCCAACGGCAAGACUUCUUUCGAAAAGUUCGAUCGACCAGUAUCGACACAGACACACGCUCUUAAAUAUCUCAUAAUCGAAGUAAGUGAUAUAUUUGAAAUCUGUAUAUAUUUGAAAUAAAAGUGCUAUCCUUCGAGUUUUGAACGUCAAGAAAGAAAUUAAUAAUUCGUUCGCACGUGAAACAACAACGAGGGAUAAUUCGUUGGAGAAGAAUUAUUAUUUAUUUCUGUAGGAUGAUCGAUAAGGUUUUCCGUUUUCUUUUUUGUGUGCGGUGAAAAUAAGAAAGAAGAAGAAGAAGAAGUAGAAGAAGGAAGAGAGAAAGAGAAGAAGGGAAGAGAAAUACGUCGCGAUCAACGAUGGACCGUGUCAACGUGCUAUCCUUCAUGGAAACGUCGUCGCGACAUACGCUUUGAUUUGAUUUUAUAUAACGUAAAAGAAGAAAAAAGGAAAGAAGAAACGAAGUCGAGAACGAAGUUAGUAUAGUGAUUUAUACGUAUAGUGACUAUAUAUAUAUGUAUAUACAUAUAUAUAUAUAUAUAUAUAUAUUAUCAUAAUUAAUUGACUAUGAAUGCAAAUCGUUUUGUUGCCGUUACCUUGUGACCUUGUAAAUCUUAACGAGUGAUCGACGAACGAUAUUAAUGAUACGUAUCGGACGUGAGUUUCGUAUUUAUUGAAAAAAAAAAAAAAAAAGAAAAGAAAAAGGGAAAAAGAAAAAAUACAAAGAAAAAGAAAAUGAUCGUCCCUCGUUGUACCAACGAUGCAACGUGUUCUCGCGUAAAUAGAAAGUGAAUUAUUACGUCGAUUUUUUUUUUUUGAGAAGCAACGAAAAAACAACAGGACGAUAACAAAAACGGAAGAAAAUAAAUCGUACAAGCUGACGAGGACUCGAGUGAAAUUAGUUCUUCGUCUUCGAACGGAAUUUUUGUCAAAUUUCACGAACGGCGAUGGAUUCGCAGCAGCUCGUUGAAACGAGCUCGCAAAACAGUCAGGACAUCGUCCUGCCUAAACCAACCAGCAGCACGCCACGACACAGUAUCGAUGCUAUACUCGGCCUGGCUAAUCACAAAAGGAAUCAUCAAGAAAUGGAAGACAGUACUCGCGAGUCUCAGGAGAACGCUGGUGAGAACAGCUGCAACUCAACUGGCGGUGGUAGCGACGAGGAACUUGGUGCGGGUUGCGGGGACGACAUUAACGGGAAUGGAGGAAAGAAGAAGCAUCGUCGUAACAGAACGACCUUCACCACUUACCAGCUGCACGAACUUGAGAGAGCAUUCGAAAAAUCUCACUACCCUGACGUCUAUUCCAGGGAGGAACUUGCUAUGAAAGUCAAUCUUCCUGAAGUUCGCGUUCAGGUGUGGUUUCAAAACAGACGAGCCAAGUGGCGUAGACAAGAGAAAAUGGAGGCUGCCAGGCUCGGUCUAAGCGAAUAUCAUCACGCCGCUAACAUGAGAAACGUCGGUGGAACGACUCUUGGAUUGCCAGGGGAUCCUUGGCUCGCACCACCAGGACUUUUGAGCGCGCUACCAGGAUUCCUGGCCGCACCGCACACGGGAUAUCCAAGUUAUUUAACGUCCCCGAGACGAUUGCCCUCUCCUCCUAACGUUGCCGCUGUGGCUAAUGCGGUCCCAGGAACAUUGGGAGGUGGAAUGCCAAGCAUAGGAGGGGGUAGUCAUGUUCAACCACCACCUCCGAGUCCACCGGGUCACGACCCUCGUACGACCAGCAUCCAAGCGUUAAGAAUGCGAGCCAAGGAACACGUCGAAAGCAUCACCAAGGGACUUCAAAUGGUCUGAAGUUUAACUUACGACUCGAGAAGAUAACCGAAUGUCCCAUGCACGGCUGAUGGCGAAUUCAUCCUUGCCUUUGUCGUCGAUUACGAGGAAUGGAGACUACUACGAUUGACGAUUUUAACAUCGGAAUUUUUCACUGAUCGUGCAGCUUCCAUCUUCUUGGUUCUAUUAUACGUUGACGAAUGAACUUUUUUGGAUCUUCGAGAAGGGCCCGAAAGCUCGAACAAAAUAGUUCUCCUCGUUUCGAAAGAACUAUAUCCGAGAAAUGUAAAGAAGUUAGUACCUGCUUUCGUUGCGUUCGUCGAAAAAGACCCUGACGUGAUGGUGCGCCGAUCGACGAAGUAAUUCGGAGUUAAUUCAAACGAAAAACAAAAGUAAAAAAAGCAAAGGAAAAAAAGGAAAAAGAAAUUUAUAUAUAUAUAUAUAUUUAAAUAUAUAUAUAUAUAUAUAUAUAUAUAUAUAUAUAUGUAAAAGGAAAGAGAAAAAAAUACAAACGAACAACCAAGAAAAAACAAAAAAAGAAGGAAAGCGAAAGAAGAUUACGAGUAGUGUUCUACGAUUGACAUUAUUUUCCAAGUAAUGACUUAUCUAUUCGAAUGAGACAGUCAAGUAUGUUGUAUCGUUCCCACGAUGAUGUGCAAUAUCAAUGAGAGAGAGAGAGAGGGGGGGGGGAGAGAGAGGACCUUUCGAUAGAUUUCAUUCAUACGCGUUUUAUAACUCCUAACUAUAAAUGUGAUCUUAGAAAGGUGGGUGCGUGCAUGUAAGUAUGUAAUGAAUCGAUUAGAGGGACUUUUUCGAAACGAAAGAGAAAAAAAUGAAAGAAUAGAAAAAAAAAAGAAAAGAAGAAAAAUCGUGGAAAUUACGAAAGUUUCGAAGGUACGACGGAAAAGGAGAAACUGUUGUUGUUUUUGCUGUUAUCGUUGUUUCUUUUUUUUAUUUUCUUUCUUUGUUUCCUUCUUCUUCUUCUUCUUCUUUUUGUUUUCUUCUUCUUUUUUUUUUUUUUUCUUAAAUUAUUUUUUCUCGACGGAAGGAAGAAAGAAAAGUGAAAAAAAUAUGUUUCCGUUCCCUCGCAGGAUCAUUUGAAGUCGGUGAAGUGUUUUCUGUGACAAUCAUACUUAAAACGUGUAAUACGUGUACAACGCGUGUAUCCAUGAUCAAAUGUUUAUACACGUGGGUGUGUUUGCGUGUGUGCGUGUCUGCGUACGUCCGUAUGUGUGUGUGUGUGUGUGUGUAUGU